AUGCCAGCUCUUCCCGCUUUCCCCCUCACCCGCCGCCCAUCCGACGCCAUACGCCGCGUCCUUUCCCUCGUCGUCCUCGUCGCCGUCUCCGCCGCCGCAGCCCUCGCCUACCUCUCUUUCCCCUCUGCCGGGCGGACAUCGCCCCCGGCAGCGUUUUCGGCGGUCCGGGCGGAGGCCGACUGCUGCAGGGGUAUGGAGGGCCUCGAGCUCUGGGGCCCGGCGGUCAAGUGGGGCUCAGACCACCGCCUGCCCUCCGCCGACGCCUGCUGCGCUGCCUGCAAGGCCAUGUGCCCUCACCCCGAGGACGGGGCCUGCCGCUGCGACUCGUGGGUCUUCUGCGGUGACGAGCGCAAAUGCAAGGACAGGCUCGGGGAGUGCUGGCUGAAGAAACAGAAGGAUGUCAUGGCUCCUGCCCUUAUUGCAAGGGGGGAGGACGUCAUGUGGACUUCUGGUCUAAUCUUUGGAAAAGGAGAGGGAAUUGUGGGGCUUGAAACAAAUCUAGGGACACUUCAUAUUCAAUUGCUGCCUGGUUGCGCACCCCAUUCUGUGGACUACUUCAUCGAGCUUCUGGGCUUGCGCAACUUUGUCAGAUGCAGAUUUUAUCGUGCAGAAGGACGUGGGAAUGUCUGGGAUGCAAAAGGCAAUCAUGAAAAAAAUGCUGCAUUUGGCCCCCCAUAUGCAUUGCUUCAAGGAACACUGGAAGUUGAUGGUGUGCCCUUCAAGGAGAUACCAAGAGAAGCAUGUCCGGCGGUGAAAAGAGGGUCCGUUGCCUGGGUAGGGUCAGGGCCAGAGUUCCUGAUCAGCUUAGCAGACCACGAGGAGUGGAGGGACGCCUACACCGUGUUCGGGAAUGUGCUUCCCAAGGACAUGGCGAUCGCAGAGGAGAUGUCACUGCUGCCGACAAGCACAGACGUGUGGAGCAAUGUGACGGUGAAGGUUCUGAAAGAUCCUGUCUACUUCAAGGUGAAGAGAAGCAGCAAUGCUAGCGCUGUCUAG